ACGACUCAGGCUAGGCUCAAUAUGAAGGCUAAGAUUGUACUACUUUGGAGUUUGACAGUCUGUGUGUGUACAAGUUUCACAUCAGUGGGAGGUGAGUUUAUACUGACAGUCAACUUGGUCAACUACACCAACCCAACCGGACUGUGUGCUGAAUGUCAGACUAGACUGAUCAAUAUAACAAGUGCUGACCAGCUAGUACCAGUGUGCUGUGAUGAGCUACCAUUCAUAUCUGGCAACUGUGACAACACAGGAGAAGAGAGAUGUGACACCAGGUUCCAUUGGAUCAUCAGACCAUUCGGUGCAUCACUAGAGACAAGACCCAGCAUGGGGUACUUAUUCACAGACUGUACAAAGUCCCCCAGCACUUGCCCAUUCAGUGAAAUGAGCACAGCAUUCGGUCUAGGUCCAACAGCACUACUGGGAGUAACAUCCAAUCCUCUACCUGUUUCAGGUUUUACUAUGUGGACAGGUCGAACACAGUUCUUUAUCGAAGCAUUGGACAGCAUGCUGACGAACGUAAUAGACAGUCUGUUGAUUGACCUGGACAACCUCCAACUUGGAGCAAACUUCACAGAGGAGAUGACAUUCACUGGACUCCACAACGUAUCUCACAUGACCAUGAGUUUCAGAGUCGAAUGCUCUCCUGGUUUCUGUGGAUCUGACUGUUUCACCACACCUCAGAACAAUCCACGAGUGGCGACAUGUCAAGCUGAUGGCACUCUAACAUGUACUGAUAACCGAUUAGACUCUUCACCUCUUGUAGCCUGCAACGACUGCCCCUACAACCUGGAUAUUACUACUGGCUGCUCCACUUGCGUACAGACCAACUAUGACCCAACCACCAAUUGCACGGCCUGUCUUCCUGGGUACGAUAUUGGUCAAAGCUGCUUAACAUGUAUCAAUACAAACUUUGAUCCUGAUGCAAAUUGCUCCACAUGCAUUAUAGGCACCAACUGUGCAUCAUGUUUGGACACACAUUUCAAUGGCUGUACAACAUGUUUAUUGGAAUUCUACGACCUACAGACAAACUGCACCCAGUGCCUACCCAACAGAGAUCCCUCUACCAACUGCACCCAGUGCCUACCCAACAGAGAUCCGUCUACCAACUGCACCCAGUGCCUACCCAACAGAGAUCCGUCUUCUACCAACUGCACCCAGUGCCUACCCAACAGAGAUCCCUCUACCAACUGCACUCAGUGCCUACCCAACAGAGAUCCCUCUACCAACUGCACCCAGUGCCUACCCAACAGAGAUCCCUCUACCAACUGCACUCAGUGCCUACCUAACAGAGAUCCCUCUACCAACUGCACCCAGUGUCUACCCAACAGAGAUCCCUCUACCAACUGCACCCAGUGUCUACAACCAGACAGGUUCACUGAUACAGACUGCAGUGUGUGUACUCUACCAGGAGGGGACCCAGCAACACUCUGUCAAACAUGUUUGGCCACUAACUUUGACCCUAACACAAAUUGCUCUGAAUGUGUAGGCAAUUAUGAUCUCGGCUCCAGCUGCUCCACUUGUCUGCCUGGAUAUGAUAGUAACCGUGACUGUACAGUGUGUUUAUCUGGACGAAACAUAUCCACAAGAUGUACCACCUGUCUGUCUGGAUUCACUGGCAGUAACUGUGAACCUGUACUAAUUACAGACUCUUCACUAAGUGUGGGAGUGGUGGGUGGUAUCGCUGGAGGAGUGGGUGGAGUUUUGCUGCUCAUCAUUCUAGUAAUGGCCGUGCUCCUCAUCCUACUUACAGUCCGUAUCAGAAAGAGUGGUAACCAAGACAUCAGUACUGCCACUACUAAAGAUAAAGUUACAGAAGUCAUAGAAAUGAAUCAAAAUCCCGUGUAUAGUACGAGUACAACUGAAACACCAACUAUGGACCAUGAAGCUAACCACACCCACCAGUACGAGACUGUGGAUACACCCAUUGAAAUGAAUCAGAACCCUGUGUACAGUGCAACCAAUGCUACUAAUAUUGAAGCUGACUACUAUGAGAACGAUGGUCUGGGUCCAACAAGAAAUGAGCAGCAACCGGAAUACGAUUAUAUUCAAGUGUGAAAACUGUACUACAACAAAUAGAUGAAUAACACUUGACUAUACCAAGUAGAACUCUAGCUCUUGCCUUUUCUAGUACUAUACAUACGUGUAACUCUGCAGUCUCUUCAGAAUCGUUGGUAGAAUUGUUGAUUUGUUUGCACAAAGUUUCGAUUCAACUAUGAGUAAUACAUUCUCGAGGCACUUUUCCAUUUCCCAUGUAGAUCUUAUCAACUAGUGUGUACAUGCUUCAAGAGCUUACUUUACCUACAUGUGUACAUACAAUGUCAA